ACACUAAUGUAUGUACAUGCAGAUAUACACUGGGAUCCCUCGUUCCUGCCCCUCAGCUAGGGGGAUCCCUUACGUAUUUACCUAAGGUACUUGUUCUUCUUUUUCCUCGACUCUUCAACUUCAAGCAUCUGCUUCUUCCAUAAAGUCAGCACUAGCUUUACAAUUCUAGGUUGUUUUUUGGCAAGCGAUUGAGCACCAUGCCAGAAUUCACUCCCACCGAGGUCCAGAACCUCAAGUCCGUAUACGAAAAGGCCGGCCAAGGCCACGUGUUCACGUAUUUCGAUUCCCUAAGCCAGCCCGAGCAAAAGGCUUUCUUCGAACAGCUCCAGAAGAUCGACCCCGCCAGAGUUCAGAAGCUACGAGACCUUGCUCUAAACCCACCAACAGAAGAGGGACAGACCGUCCUUGAGCCACUUCCCGAGUCGGCAACCGCUAGCAUUUACGAUUCGAAGCCGGAGGAUAUUCAAAGGUGGUAUGAUCUCGGUCUAGAUCUGAUUGGGAAGGGUGAGGUUGCCGUGGUUUUACUGGCUGGCGGUCAGGGUACCCGCCUGGGAAGCAAGGCCCCAAAAGGUGCCUUCGAUAUCAAACUUCCUUCCCAUAAAUCCCUCUUCCAGAUUCAAGCCGAACGAAUCCUGAAAAUCCAAAAGCUGGCCGCUGCGCGGGCCGCAGACCCUAGCAAGGCCGUAAUUCCAUGGUUUAUCAUGACCAGUGGUCCCACACGUGGGCCGACUGAGAAGUUCUUCAAGAAGGAAAAGCUCGACGAGCUUAGCGCCGAGGAGAACGCAAACCGAGUCAAGGGCGAGCCUUAUUUUGGCCUCGACCCCAAUAACGUGACCAUCUUCGAGCAAGGUGUGCUCCCUUGCAUCACGAAUGACGGAAAAUUCAUGCUCGCGAGCAAGGGGAAACUUGCAGUUGCCCCCGACGGCAACGGUGGCCUAUACAAGGCUCUACAAGACGAAGGGGUUCUCGAAAAGAUGCGACCCAAUAUCAAGCAUGUCCAUGCGUACUGUGUUGACAACUGCCUGGCCAGGGUUGCGGAUCCGAUCUUCAUUGGAUUUGCCGCCGAAAAGAAGGUCAAGAUUGCCACUAAGGUUGUGAGGAAGCGAGAUGCCAAGGAGUCGGUCGGUCUCAUUCUCCAGAAGAAUGGCAAGCCUGACGUGGUCGAAUACUCGGAAGUUGACGAUGCCACCCGCCAAGCAAUGGACCCCAAGCAGCCCAGCAUCCUCAAGUUCCGCGCCGCCAACAUCGUCAACCACUAUUACUCAUUCGAAUAUUUGGACAGCAUGGGAGAUGCUGUGAACAGCUUGCCACCGCACGUUGCCCGAAAGAAGAUUCCCUUCUUCGACACAGAGAAGGGCGAGGCUGUAGAUCCUAAAACGCCCAACGGCAUCAAGCUAGAGCAAUUUGUCUUCGACAACUUCAAGUGGCUAAACUUGAACGAAUUUGCUUGCUUCGAGGUCAAGCGUGAAGAAGAGUUCUCCCCGCUAAAGAAUGCAGACCCAGCCCAAAAGGCUGACGGGUCAUUCGAGAAGGAGCCUGAGGACAGCCCUACAACCAGCCGCAGACACAUCAAAGAGCAAGGUCGACGGUGGGUUGAAGCCGUUGGCGCAACCGUCAAGAACGGAGAUGCUGAUGGGGGUCUCGAGGUUUCCCCACUCACGAGCUACGGAGGCGAAGGCCUAGAGGGAUUCAAGGGACAGACUAUCGAAAAAGUUACUAUUUAGAUAGGCAAAAGGACAGAUGUUGUGAUAGACGAAUUAACGUAAAAUUUUGAAUGUCCAAAAAGGGGCGAUGCCAAAACAUAUCAGUCACCCUCCCCUUAAAGUUGCGGUAUUCUCAUCUUUCCCAAGGAAUAUUGCGCUCAAACUUGUUUUAAAAUACGUAAGAAACUGAUAAGGAGGAACCUUAAUACAUUGCGAAAUGCAUCGCGAAAUACCUAAGAUAAGGCCGCGCUCAUGACUUCGGAAAGAUCCC